UGGAGACGUCAAUCGGCGCGGUUGUGUGGGGGGAUGACGUCACGCCGAGUGGCGUAAUCGCGCGCGGCGCUGCGCACGUGAAUGGAUUUUUUUUCUUACGUCGCCCUUUGCGAGCUGUGUUCCCACCGUCGCUGAUGGGAAGGAGAGAGAAACGCGACACGCAGAGACCUUAAAGGCGCGCGAGGGAAAAGCGCGGGAAUGUGGAGCGCGUCUCGCGCCGUCGCGGUCGCGCGCGCCCUGGGUGCGAGGAGCCUCGCUCAGGUCACUGACCACCAGAGGGAGCUGCAGGCGCGCGGCUUACCCCGGAGGCGCGCGGUGCCCGGGGUCAAACGCGUGCUGUGCGUGGCGUCCGGCAAGGGCGGCGUGGGGAAGUCCACGCUUGCCAGUACGCGCUCUCUCGCGCAGUCACGAUGUACCCGUGCACCAGUUAACCUGGCACUGGGCUUGCAGGCUGUGACAGAGGGUGAGCGUGUGGGUCUCCUUGACCUCGACGUGUUCGGUCCGUCGCUUCCUCGUCUCAUGAAUCUCAAGGGGCAGCCCGAGCUCACAGCAGGUAAUAAUUUAAUGAAACCAUUAAUCAACUUUGGGAUUCCAUGCAUGUCCAUGGGGUUCCUGAUGGAGGAAGGAGCGCCCUUGGUGUGGAGAGGCCUCAUGGUGAUGUCAGCGGUGGAGAGACUUAUCCGAAAGGUGGAGUGGGGGGAGCUGGAAUACCUGGUUGUGGAUUUGCCUCCUGGAACCGGUGACGUGCAGCUCUCCCUGUCCCAGCUCCUUCACCUCCAAGGUGCUGUCAUCGUAUCCACACCCCAGGACCUGGCAUUGAUGGAUGCGAGGCGCGGGGCUGAGAUGUUUAAAAAAGUGGACGUUCCCGUUUUGGGGGUGGUGGAGAACAUGAGUGUGUUCACGUGUCCUGCGUGCGGACAUCGCACACACAUAUUCGGAGCCGAGGGGGCAAGGCAAAUGGCCACCAGCCUUGGCCUACGCUUUCUCGGUGAGGUGCCUUUACACAUCAGCAUCAGGGAGUCAUCAGAUAGUGGGAAGCCGAUUGUCAUCUCUAAACCAGGAAGCCCAGAGGCCGAAGCCUACCUCACGAUUGCCAAGGAAGUGAUCAAGAGCCUCGGGGAAUUGCAGACGUGACCAACUGGGGUCGCGACCUGAAUGGGUGGUGACCAGAGUUGGAUUGGGCCACUUAGCAACCGGGCCUGUGCCCAGUAACCCGGUGCUGGAGUUGGUUCAUCGUACAUUCGCUCAAUGUAAAUCUGUCUCGCCAGUCAGCCAGCACGUGAUUUAUUUUUUUGCAGAGUGCGCAGACCCGAAUCCAGAACCAGAUUACUGGCAGAUGCCUGGUUUCCUAUUAGUCUCAGCCUGUUCUUGAAAAAGGACAGUUUUAGAACUUGCGCUGGCUGUUAUUGCACAGUUAAGACAUCCUUGCAAUGUCCAAAACGAUCUUCAACCAAAGUAAAUCUCCAAAACGCACUGCCUGUGUACCUAUUUGAAUAUACAGUUGAAGUUGGAUUAGGGUCACUCAAGGUUAACUCAUGGGGCUUUAAAUGUACGUAGCAGCUUGGAUAAAUUCAAGACGGUAGGAAUUAGGGGCGGCAAGAAAAACUCACUGCAAAUUAAAUUUGAUUCCACUUGAUAACUUAGUAUUAAAAGAUGUUUGAAUAUA